AGUAUUGAAGCGGCCCCCUACGCCGCUACAUCGGUCUGCUAUUAAAAAAUUGUGUCGCGUAUAUCAUACCUAACCGUACCGUAUUACUUUUGUUACAAAAACUCACGUGUCGCAUCAGAGCUAGGAAAAUGGUAGCAAUAAUAAUGAAUGUCAACGUGUGAAAUAAUUAUAAUAUUAAAUUUUGUUUGAAAAUAUGUUUGUAACGCCGUAGUUGUGCAGAGCGAUUAUCUCGCGGUAACUAAAGGCCAAUUUGUGGUAGAAGGGCGGGCGGCAUUCAGUCGCACGCGCGCUGUUUGGAGCGAUGUGGGGCAUUGUUCUGCUCCUGUACUUCGUUGCAGGUAGUCGCCAAUUAUCCAUUACAGAAUUUUCGAUACCAAACUCAGUAGAAUCGGGUGAGGAUGCCCGUCUAAAUUGCAAAUACGAACUGACUUCUGACGAAUCAGAUAAAGCACUCUUCGUGAAAUGGUGGUGGACGCCUCUGAAUGGUACCAGUGACGAGCGCAAUCAGCUUUAUCAGAGAAUCGCCGGUCACCCUGCCGUAGCCUUACAUAAUAACAUUAAAAUAGAAGAAAAUGACGCUAUCUUACUUCUAAACGUUACUCCGGAAGACUCUGGUACAUACGAAUGCGAAGUUUCGAACAUAGACGAGGUCCGCAAACAUGCUGAGCUUCUUGUAUUUACAAUGGGGAGUGGUCCGGACUUGAACAUCACCCUGGUGGACGACGGACCUGACACUGACAAGGAAGAUGAUGUCCUUGUAACUUGCGCAGCCACAGACGUGGCUCCUUAUCCUGACCUCGUCAUUAUCGCUAAUGGGGAGAUUCUUGCUACUCAAGAAUCGGUUUCGUCUAACGGAAGUACGUACGAUAUAUUCGCGUCGACUGUACUGUCCAAAGACAAAGCGGAUGGCGUUGAUAUCAGCUGCGAAUUAUUCUAUAGAGAUGUCAACGUCACACAUUCACCUUACGUUGACACCCAGACCUUCUAUAUUGACGAAUCAGCGCUGUCCACGACGGAGGAUGCCGAGCACGCCUUCACAACUGAAGCUACCUCAGAUCCAUUACAAUACACUAGUAAAGCCGGUCACGGAUCUGUCUUGUGUCUACGUCUAGUCAUAGCUGCUUUCAGUUUCGUUUUCUGGCUAUAAACUAAACUUUCUAUGUGAUACUUAUUAUUGUAAUGUAAAAUAUUCUUAUUAAACUUUAAUUUGUUCAUAU